AUGUCGCCCUCCAACCCCAUCAUCCCUGGCUUCUCGCCCGAUCCGUCCAUCGUCAAGGUUGGCGAGUGGUACUUUCUCGUCAACUCCACUUUUCACAUGUUCCCUGGUAUUCCCGUUUACGCCUCCAAGGAUCUUGUGUCGUGGAAGCAAAUCGGAAAUGUCAUUAGUAGGCCGGGACAGGUUAUCCUGAAACAAUCUGAUACUGAAGUCAACCGUAUGCCUGAUGUUGGAGAAGUGAUGCUUGCGACUGGUGGCCUUUUUGCGCCAACAAUUCGCUAUAACAAUGGUACUUUCUACGUUGUUUGCACGAAUGUUGUGAGAGCGACCGAGAAUACUCGGUAUGCGCUGCAGAACUUUAUUGCUACCACGAAGGAUAUCUGGUCAGGUCACUGGAACGACUUGAUCUGGUAUGACUUUGAUGGAAUUGAUCCCAGCAUCUUAUUCGACGAUGAUGGAAAGACGUAUAUCCAAGGCUCCAAGUCGCCUGGUCCAUACACCAGAAUCGCCCAAUUCGAGAUUAAUAUCACGACGGGCAAGAAGCUGUCCGAGGAAAAGAUCAUCUGGGAGGGCACUGGCGGAGUCUACCCCGAAGGGCCGCAUAUCUACAAGCGAAAUGGUUGGUACUGCCUCAUGAUUUCCGAGGGAGGAACUCAUGAAGACCAUAUGAUCACCAUGGCCCGAUCCCGCGAUGUCUGGGGUCCCUACGAGCCAUGUCCCGAGAACCCAAUCUUAGUCCCGGCAAGCAAAGACAUGUACAUUCGCCAUACAGGCCACUGCGACGUGUUUGAAGAUGACAACGGUCAAUGGUGGGGAGUCCUCCUCGGAGUCCGCAGAGAUAAAGACGGACGAUACAACAUGGGACGAGAGUCCCAUCUCACACCCGCAAAAUGGACCGAUGAUUGGCUCCGCAUUGAAUCUGUCGAGGCUGAAAUCAACACAUCCCGACUCGCUAGUGCACCCACAGAGCAGGGAUUGACAGCAGUGCAGGGCGUGGAUUUCCUGUACAUCCGAGACCCAGUUUUGCAGAACUACAAGAUUGACAGCACGAUCAGUGUAACAUCAUCGCCCGUCGAUCUGUCGCAUCCACAGGAAUCACCUAGUUUUGUGGGUAAGAGACAGCGUCUACACGCAGGUCAAAGCAGCGCAACAUUCAAGACCAACGCAUCGUCAAAGGUCAAGACUGGGCUGGCAGUUUACAAAGAUGAACACCGGUACUUGCGGGUCUUUUAUGACACGGCUGAAAGAGCGGUAGUUUACGAAUUCGUCAAUAAUGCCAAGGAUCUUAAAAGGACGGAACAGCGCGCACUGGACAGGGAUGUUGACACCAUCCAAUUCCGCUUUGAGUACACUGAACAGGAAUAUCAGGUAUUUUACUCAACCGGUACAGAUUGGGAGCAUAUUGCGACGCUUGAUACCCUUGACAUGACUGGACCAGACUUUGUAGGUCCCGUUAUCGGUGUGUUUGCCUUGGCGCAAAAGAGUGUCACGGUUGAAGUCGUCGAUCUGCAGGUAGAGUAG